AUGGCUCCCAGACAACGUCCCGAGCCAAUUGCGGUCGUGGGAACAAGCUGUCGCUUCCCCGGUGACAUCCACAGCCCUUCUCAGCUCUGGGAGGCGAUCUGCUCACAGAAAGACCUGCUCACCCGCAUUCCUCCGUCCCGGUUCAACACGAAAGGAUUCUACCACUCGAACGGCGAGCGACACGGCAGCACGAACGUCGACCAUGCCUACUUGCUGGGUGGAGACGUCAGCGCCUUUGAUGCCAGCUUCUUUGGAAUCAAUCCUCGAGAAGCCGAAGCGAUCGAUCCUCAGCAACGGAUGCUCCUCGAAACCGUCUACGAAGCGAUGGAGGACGCUGGUCUGACCAUCUCCGGAAUGAAAGGAUCAGACACCGCGGUGUACGUCGGCUUGAUGACCGGUGAUUAUCAUGAAAUGCAGAUCCGCGACCCUGAGAAUAUGCCUAUGUAUAUGGCCACUGGAACUGCUCGCAGCAUCGUCUCCAACCGGGUUUCAUACUUCUUCGACUGGAAGGGACCCUCCGUGACCAUUGAUACCGCCUGUUCCUCCAGCCUUGUUGCUUUGCAUCAUGCCGUCCAAUCCCUCCGAGCUGGAGACUGUCAGAUUGCACUGGCAGCUGGGGCCAAUCUCAUUCUUGGGCCCGAGAUGAUGAUUGCCGAGUCGAAUCUCCACAUGCUGUCACCCACUGGACGAUCUCGAAUGUGGGACAUCGCAGCGGAUGGAUACGCCCGCGGUGAAGGCUUUGCCGCGGUCAUGCUCAAGACGCUCUCCCAGGCGCUGGCCGAUGGGGAUCGAGUGGAGUACAUCAUCCGGGAAACCGGAGUGAACCAGGACGGCCGGACGCAGGGUAUCACCAUGCCCAACGCAGCAUCCCAGACUGCUCUCAUCCAGCAGGUCUAUCACAAGGCUGGCCUUGACCGCGCGCGCCCUGAAGAUCGGUGUCAGUUCUUCGAGGCGCAUGGAACGGGGACACCCCGAGGCGAUCCCAUCGAGGCGUGUGCCAUCAGAGAUGCAUUCUUCGCCGACUCGCCGGCCACAGAGGAGCCGAUGUACGUUGGAUCAGUCAAGACGGUCAUCGGCCACCUGGAGGGCUGUGCCGGAUUGGCCGGUCUGCUCAAAGCAGCUGAAGCUGUGCGUCGAGCCGAAAUCCCCCCCAACAUGCAUUAUACAGCCAUGAAUCCCGAUAUUGUCCCUUUUGCGCGGCAUUUGCGGGUGCCGACCAAGGCCCUUCCCUGGCCAGGUCAGAACUCGGUUCGCCGGGCCAGCGUCAAUUCCUUUGGGUUUGGAGGAACCAAUGCCCAUGUCAUCAUUGAGAGUUAUGAUCGCCCCGAUCCAAGCCUGAGUCCUUCGUCACCCAGCAUCUUACCCGUUCCAUUAACAUUCUCGGCCGCCAAGGAGACGUCGUUGGCCCGUCUGAUCACUGAGUACGUCAAUUUGAUAAAAUCCGAGAAUACCCUACCUCUGCAUGAGAUAGCCGCAACUUUGGCAUCUCGGCGCUCCCAACACUCAAUCCGAGCCACCUUCUCCGGCACAGACAGGGACAAGCUUCUGCAGAAAUUGGAGACUGCGCUUACUGCACCGUCUGUAGGAGAGCGUAAGCAGACAGCAACCACGUCGAACCGGAUACUGGGUGUCUUCACUGGCCAAGGAGCUCAAUGGGCAUGUAUGGGACGGGAGAUCCUUCUCUCGUCUCCAAUGGCAAGAAAAACUCUGAAGCACCUUCAGGCGUCUCUGGACGAGCUUCCUGAUGGACCAACAUGGACUCUCGAGACGCAGCUGACCCAGACUGAGGACCCAUCGCUGAUCCAGGAAGCCGCGCUUUCGCAGCCCUUGUGCACGGCAGUGCAGGUGAUGUUGGUUGAUCUGCUGCGGGCCGCUCAUGCCUCAUUCCACACUGUCGUAGGCCAUUCGUCUGGAGAGAUUGCCGCGGCGUAUGCGGCCGGAAUGAUCUCCGCACGGGAUGCCAUUCGCAUUGCAUACUAUCGCGGACUAUACGCCAAGUUCGCCGGAGGCAGAGAAGACCGGAAAGGCGCCAUGAUGGCGGUAGGUAUCAGCUUUGACGAGGCGCAGGAGUUCAUCAACGACACCAGGUUCCAAGGCCGCAUCGCCGUCGCAGCCAGCAAUGCGCCCCGAUCCGUGACCCUCUCUGGGGAUGAAGAUGCCAUCGACGAGGCCAAAGCCAUUUUUGAGAGACAGGAAACCUUCUGCCGCCUCCUCAAGGUCGAUACAGCUUACCAUUCGCACCACAUGCUUCCGUGCCUGGACCGAUACUGUGCCGCCUUACAGGAUGCCGCGAUCACCCCCUUGAAGCCCACCGACGGAUGUAUCUGGGUCUCCAGUGUACACGGACGAGUGAUGACCACUGAUGAGGAGAGAGAGUCACUCAAGGCCAAGUACUGGGGUGACAAUAUGGCCAAUACAGUGCUCUUCUCCCAGGCGGUUCAGAAAGCGACGCGGCUACACGGCCCUUUUGCUGUCGGACUGGAAGUUGGGCCCCAUCCCGCACUGAAAGGACCGGUCACUCAAACGACAAAGGAGGAGAGCAGCCAGGUGUUGCCUUACAGUGGUACUUUGGCGCGUUUGGGACACGACGUUGAGGCUCUCUCCGACGCAUUGGGCUUCCUGUGGAAGGAAACCGGCCCUCAUUCGGUUGAUCUCCGCGCAUACGGUGCCGCGGCGUUUGAGAUAUCAUUCCAGCGCCAUCCCCAGAAGCAGCUACCGCGGUACCCGUGGGAUCACAGCCAGCGAUUCUGGAAAGAGUCUCGCGUGUCUAGAAGAUAUCGCCAACGCUCCCAGAACAGGCACGAUCUUCUCGGCACUCGCUGUCCUGACGACCAUAACCACGAGUUGCGCUGGAGGAACACCCUGCGCGUCUCCGAAGCGCCGUGGCUAUCCGGUCAUAAGGUCCAGGGACAGGUUAUCUUCCCAGCGGCAGGGUAUCUCGUGAUGGCCAUGCAGGCCGCGCAAGAACUCGCUGUUGACGCUCCUAUUUCCAUGCUACAUCUCCGAGAUGUCAAUAUCGACCGGGCGAUUGCGCUCCCAGAGGACAAGGGAGUGGAGGUUAUGUUUUAUCUUCGGCCAGACAAUAUCGCCUCGUCCAUGAUAGAGGCUAAAUUCUCAUGUUACUCGGCCACUUCGGACGAGGAAGGUGCCCGGUGGCAGCGGAAUGCCUCUGGAGUGGUGCAGGUUCAUCUAGGUCCAGCAGACCACAUUCAGCUUCCAUCCCCGCAGGAAGAGCCCGUCUCGCUAGUGCCGGUGAAGAUGGAUACUUUCUACACGUCAUUGAACGAGAUUGGCUUGGAGUAUACGGGCCUCUUCCAACGGCUAGACCAAGUAAACCGUCGCGCGGGCCGGGCUACUGGUUACGCACAGGAUAUCCCGUUCGACAGAGAAAUGCCUGUCAUGAUCCAUCCGGCGCUUCUGGAUGCCGCGUUCCAGACCAUUUUCGCUGCUUUCUGCUGGCCAGGAGACGGCAGUCUGCAAGGCCCCUACGUCCCCACGCAUCUUCGAUCUCUCCACAUUGUACCAACCACCCAUUUUGAUGGGCAGAAGAUGACAAUCGAAUGUACCAUCACUGAAUCUCUCCCGCAGACAGUCACAGCGGAUGUGGACAUCUUCGCGCCAAACCAGCCGCGUGUCCAGUUGGAGGGACUGACCUGCACGUUGCUGGACCCUCCGACUCCUGAGGACGACUGCGAGCUGUUCGCCGAGACGGUCUGGCAUGCCGAUGCUGGAGCCGGUCUCGAUUCCGCUGACCUAGCUAGUGACCGUACCGAUGACCUAGAGCUUGUGGACCUCUGCGAGAGGCUGUCCUACUCGUAUCUCCGCCAGCUCAAUGCCACUAUUGACCGCAGCGAGGUGGAUUCUUUUGUCUGGCAUCACCAGCGUAUCUUCGAGUUCAUCGACUACCUAUUUCCCCUGAUCGAAAGCGGCCAGCACCCCACCAUCCGGCCAGAAUGGAAAGAUGAUUCCCACGAGUGGUUGCUUGGCCAGGCCCGACAGCAUCCUGGCAUGGUGGAUCUUCAGCUGAUCUCCGCGGUUGGCGAACACCUGGCGGACGUGGUUCGGGGCAAAACCACCAUGCUGGAGCAUAUGAUCGCCGAUAACACCCUGGACCGAUUCUACAAGUACGGCCUCGGUUUUCAGCGGGCCAACAGCGCUCUCAGUCGUGUAGCUGGGCAGAUCGCCCAUCGCUACCCGCGCAUGAGGAUCCUGGAGAUUGGCGCCGGCACAGGGGGCGCAACCAAGGGGAUACUGGAGCAGCUGGGCGACGCGUUUGAACAGUACGUGUUUACCGACAUCUCUACAGGCUUCUUCGAGAAAGCCCAGGAACAGUUUGCAAGGUGGGCGUCGCGGAUGACGUUUCGGCCCCUCAACAUUGAAGAGGAGGUAGCCUCCCAGGGAUUUGAGGACGGUUCUUUUGACCUGAUCAUCGCCUCAAAUGUGCUGCAUGCGACCAAGAGGCUGGAGUACACGAUGCAGAAUGUCCGCAGAUUGCUAAAACCAGGCGGGUUCUUGCUUCUCCUGGAGGUAACAAGCGAUAUUCUUCGGGUCAAGUUGAUGAUGGCAGGCCUUUCCGGAUGGUGGUUGGGCGCUGAUGACGGUCGACGAUUCGCCCCGACUAUCAGCGCCCCUCAAUGGCAUGAUCUCUUGAUCCGUACCGGAUUCUCCGGGGUCGAUCAGAGGGUGACUGAUUUCCAGGAUGUGUCCAAGCAUAUGACCUCGGUGAUGCUCUCUCAGGCAGUGGAUCCUGACGUUGCUUUGUUAAGGGAUCCCCUGGCCCUGCCUCACCCUGCAAUGACUGUGGAUCGGGUCAUUCUCGUCGGAGGCCAAACCGCGACUGUACGCACGUUAGCGGAGCAAGUCUCGUCUCUGAUGCUGAGCUGGAGCACUGAGUCGCCUGUUAUUGUGCCCUCUUUGGAGGACAUGGCUCGCUGCGAUAUAGGCUCUGCCGCCGCAGUUGUGUGUCUGGCUGACCUGGAGCAGCCCGUGGUGUGGGGUGUGAACGAUGAGCGACUCGCUGGACUGAAGAAGCUUCUCAAUCAAUGCCGUCAGCUGCUGUGGAUUACGGCUGGAGCUCGCGAUAGCAACCCGUACGCCAACAUGAGCAUCGGGCUCGGACGGUCGUUGAUGUACGAAUACCCUCACAUCCGCAUGCAAUUCCUCAAUUUGGCCAGUGGUUGGGACGGUCAAGCAGCACAGAUCGCCACUGCAAUGGCUCGCCUCAUUUUGGCGGACAAGAUGGAGCUUCCAUCGAAGCGGACGUUGUGGAGUGUCGAGCCAGAAAUCGUAUUGCAGAAAGGCCGCUGGAUGAUCCCUCGCAUUCUGCCCAACGAUCGUAUGAACCGUCGACUCAAUGCCAGCAGAAGGAGGAUCACAGAUAACCUUUCUUUGUCAGAGUGUCCCGUGGAAGUAGUCGGCGAUGGCGCAGAUAUGUGGUUUGAGAAGGCCGACCUUGCGGUGCAGAAUGAAACGCUCCUGGUUCGGACCCAGUACGCUCUUUUGCACAGCCUUUCAUUGACCAAAUCUGCGUCUCUAUAUCUGUCAAUCUGCAAGGUGGAGCAUUCGGACUCGAGCAGCCCCAUUUCCAUGGGCUCGACGGUUCUGGCUCUAAAUCACCGGAAUUUAUCCCUCUCACGGGUCCCCCUGGCCCAUGUUGUCCCCAUUGUGAGGUCCAGUGCGACGCCGGACUGUCUACUGCUGACUGCGCUGGCACUGGUGGUCAAUACGGUCCUCGAUCAAGUUCCCUUGCAGGGACGUAUCCUCCUGGUAGACCCUGAUCCAGUCGUGCGACGACUCGUCGAGGAUCGUGCGCGCACCCAGAGCUUGUCGGUGACAGUCGUGCAUUUCUCCCCUGGGCAUGAAGACGCCAUCUAUAUUUCUCGCUUACUCCCUCAACGUCACAUCUGUGCACGUCUUCCCGUCAGAGUGGAUUGCGUACUCGACUGCUGCUUUGAAAGACACCCACUGGAGGAGGUACCGCAUCGACAACACACCAUUCGUUUGCACGAUAUCUUUCAGGCUCCAUCUGCGGUCCACAAUUCAGCAGCAUUACCUUCACAAAAGGAUCUCGUGGGAGCCUUGGGAGCCGCCUCAGAUUGUCUCGAAGUACACAAGGUUCCAGUUCAGCUCAUUCCACUUCCCGAUGUCAGUAGUGCAUCCCCUUCCGCGGAUUAUACAUCUAUUAUCGACUUCACAGCCGCGUCGACUGUUCAGACGCGUGUACGGCCUAUUGAUACCCACACCCUCUUCCGGUCGGACCGAUCUUAUCUGCUUGUUGGCUGCACGGGUGGACUAGGUCAAUCACUCACUCGCUGGAUGGUGCAGAAUGGCGUUCGCUAUCUCAUCCUGACCAGCCGAAGCGUGAAAAAUGUGAAUCAAGUGUGGCUGGACGAACUGAAGCGCAUGGGGGCGCAAGUUCAUCUAUUCGAACUGGACAUUGCAGACAAAUCGGCCCUACUAGCGAUGCACGACCAGGUUCAGCGUGAACUGCCCCCCAUUGCCGGAGUGGCCAACGCAGCGAUGGUGCUCUCGGAUCGACUCUUCAACGACAUGACUGUGGAAGAUCUCCGAAAGGUGCUCAAUCCCAAAGUGGCAGGUACUGCCCAUCUCGAUGAGUUAUUCUCCACUCCCACAUUGGAUUUCUUCGUGCUGUUCUCCUCGCUGGCCAGCAUUGUGGGAAACCGCGGCCAGUCAAAUUACGGUGCAGCGAACUUGUUCAUGACGAGCCUGGCCGCGCGACGGAAGCAACGAGGCCUUGCAGGCUCCGUGCUGGACAUUGGCAUGGUUUUGGGCAUUGGGUACGUCUCGCAAACCGGCAUCUACGAAUCCACGCUGCGCCGGUUCAACUACAUGCCCAUCUCGGAGCCCAAGUUCCACCUCAUGUUCACCGAGGCCAUCGUCGCCGGUCGUCCGGACCAACAGGGCGCCCCCGCCGAGAUCAUUACCGGUCUGCAUCGCAUUGCCGAGUCGGACGCAAGUGAAAACCAGGCCUUCUGGGCGGGCAAUCCACGCUUCUCCCACUACACUCUCCGCGACAAUAUUGGCCCCGAGCGGACCACCACUGCUGUCGUCGCGCUGAGAAGACAGCUGGCUGAGGUUGAGGACUUGGCCGAGACUACACAGGUAGUGUCAGAUGGCUUUCUGGCCAAACUCGGGAGGAUUCUCCAAGUUCCUCCGGAGCAGAUCAACCCCGCCCAGCCGCUGAUCAAUCUCGGCGUCGACUCGCUAAUGGCGGUCGAGGUACGGUCUUGGUUUCUCAAGGAGAUUGACGUGGAUGUGCCGGUCUUGCGCAUCCUCGGUGGCGCCUCGCCUCUCGAGCUCUGCCAGGAGGCCGCCGAUCGCUACAUGUCGACGCGGGCGCCUACACCCCCGGCGAUGGGCUCUUCUGGGACAUCAUCCCUGAGUACGAGUCAGAUGCUCGACUCCAGUCAGCCCAUAAGUUCGGCAACCUCCCAUACGGGCUCGCUCUCAUCCGACGGGAUCAAGACCCCGCCGGAGACGGUUCAAUCUGAGGCUUCGUCUGUCGAGGAGGAGGAGGAGGAUUUGGAAGAGGUCGAAGUGGAACGAAUGUCCUUUGCCCAGGAGCGGCUAUGGUUCCUGAGAGUGUUCCUGGAAGAUCGCUCAACAUACAACGUGACCAUGAUGUACCAUGUGCGCGGACCUACGGCCAGUGCGUUGAGUGACGCCUUCAAUGCAGUUGUAAAUCGUCAUCACGUUUUGCGUUCCGCAUACCGGGAGAAUCAAGGGACUGGUCUCCCGUAUCAGAGCGUUUUGCAUCAGUCUCCGUUCCGGUUAUCUCAAAGGGGAUUACCCACGGCAGAUGGAGAGAUUGAUCGGGAGUUUCAGAGACUCUGCCAUCACGACUUUGAUCUGGAACAUGGAGAAUCCAUGGCUGCGGUCCUAUUCUCCCAUGCGCCAGACACCCAUACUCUUCUUUUGGGCUUUCACCACAUCGUUUUCGACGGGUUCAGUGGUCAAGUCUUCAUCAAGGAUCUAGCUGCUGCAUUGUCCGGUCACUAUCUCCCUCCCCUGCGGCAUCAGUACACUGACUUUGCCCGCCGCCAACGGGCCCGAGUGCAAAGCGAGAUGGCGGAGGAUAUCGCGUAUUGGAAGGAGGCGUUUCCUACCCUGCCGGCCCCUGUGCCUCUGUUCGAUUUCUGUCAGGUUACGACCCGGCGAACAUUGACCGAGUAUACGAUGCAUGGAAUCCAGCGUUCGGUCCCCGCGUCGACAGUGCCUACAUUCAAAGAGAUGGUACGACAGUUCCACGCGACUCCUUUCCACGGCCAUCUGGUCAUUCUGCAGCUUCUUCUCGCUCGCUUUCUGGAUCUUACCGAGGUCUGCAUCGGAAUCACGGACGCGAACCGCACUGAUCCGGAUUUCCUGGAGACAAUUGGGUUCUUUGUGAAUCUUCUUCCCCUCCGCUUUGACGUCGGCCAGCACGACUCUCUGAAAGGGCUCUUGCAGAAUACCCGCGAUGUCGCCUAUCGAGCUCUACAGCACUCCCGAGUCCCGUUCGAUGUCCUCUUGGAUGCGCUGGCUGUCCCUCGCUCGACAACGGAAAGUCCCCUCUUCCAGAUUCUCAUGAACUACAAGAUGGGAUCUGCUGGCAGGGUCAAAACAGAAGAACUGGAGGCGGAGCUGCUGCAGUUCCAAGACGCUCGCAAUCCCUAUGAUCUGGUGUUCGAUAUCGAGGAACAAGAUGACGGGACCACCCUUGUCGGCCUCCAGUCGCAGUCCUACCUCUACAGCCAAGAUGAUCUGGGUAUGUUACUGAAUGCCUACGUGUGCCUAAUGAAAUCAUGCUCCAUCAACCCCAGCUGGUUUCUUGAUAGGCAUACUCUCUACCAUGAAGAAGAUGUGAGCAAGGCACUGGUGCUGGGAACAGGCCCUCGACUGGACUUGAGCGAGGUCAUGACUAUCUGUCGCCAAAUCGAUGAAAUCAUUGCGAGUCAGCCGGACGAGAUGGCCGUCAGGGAUCAUGAGGGCCAUUCUCUCACCUACGGACAGAUGCACAACGAAAUUCAAUCCAUUGCGGCCACGCUAGAGGCCAGUGGAGUGCGCCCAAAGGACUAUGUGGCAGUUUACUGUGAGCCUACCAUCCACUCCGUCUGCUAUUUGCUCGCCAUUUGGCGUCUGAAUGCCAUCUACGUUCCCUUGGAUCCGCAGAACCCGGCGGCCCGGUUGCAACUGAUCCUAGACGAUUGCCAACCGAGGGUCCUUAUCUACCAUGAAGCAACCGAACGGACCAUCCGCGAGUUCCACCUGUCUGCCACCAAGCCCAUCACCUUCUCCAGUUUCUCUGCCUCGGUCAUCUCCCCCGUCCCUGACCGGUCCGAAUCUUCUUCCCCCGCCUGCGCUCUAUACACUAGUGGCUCGACAGGGGUGCCCAAGGGAAUCGUCCUGACCCAUGGCAACUUUGUCAACCAGAUCAUGGGCGUCCGGCAUCAGUUCUCCGUGGGACGUGAGACCGUCCUGCAGCAAAGCUCGCUCGGGUUCGAUGUGUCCCUGGACCAGAUGCUGCAGCCCCUCGUCGGCGGCGGUACCCUGGUGGUGGCCCCUCGACAUCUACGCGGGGAUGCCGUGGAAUUGGCCCGGCUGAUGGUGCGCGAGCAUGUCACCUACACCUACGCCACGCCGUCCGAGUACGCAGCACUUCUCCGGUAUGGGGGGGAUGUGUUACAGCAAUGCUCGUCCUGGCGAUUCGCCUUUGUCGGGGGAGAAGCGCUCCCUCCGCAUCUGAUCCGGCCCUUUUAUGCUCUUCAGCGUCCGGGCCUCCGCCUGAUUAACCGAUAUGGCCCUACUGAAAUCACAGUGUCGAGUAGCUGUCUAUCUAUCGAUACUUGUGAUCCUGCGGUUCUCCAACUAUCGCGGGUUAGCGUGGGAUACUCGCUGCCAAACUAUGCGACCUACAUCAUGGAUUCCAAUGGAUGUCUUCUGCCUGUCGGAUACGUGGGGGAGAUUGUCAUUGGGGGGUCUGGAGUGGCACAGGGCUAUCUACAGAAGGAAGAGCUCACCCGUGAACGAUUCGUGCGGGAUCCUUUUAGCACUUCUGACACCAAGCCCCAGCAAUGCGGCCGCAUGUAUCGGACUGGAGACAAGGGCCGGCUGCUCCCGACGGGAGAAUUGAUGUAUCUGGGCCGAAUGAACGGGGAUACCCAGAUAAAACUGCGAGGCUUCCGGGUGGAACUGGAGGAUAUUGCGCAGACCAUCCUGCGGGUGGCUCAUGGUCGUCUGGCUGAUGCUGUCGUCUCCGUUCGCGGCAUCCACGACGAGGAUGGGGACCGACGGUUCCUGGUGGCCUUUGUUGUUCCUGCGCGGCAGAACGACGGAGCUGGUGAGAUCCAGACCUUCCUUGACCGACUUGUCCACUCUCUCCCUCUACCUCAGUACAUGAUUCCCCGGCUGAUUCUCGCCGUCGACCAUCUGCCGCGGAAUCCCAAUGGCAAGCUGGACCGACAUGCGCUGGAUCAAGUGCCGCUGCCUUCCCUGUCCACCGAAUCUCCUCCACAGAAGCUCACUGCCGCACAGGAGGCGGUAGUUUGCGCGUGGAAGCGAUAUCUCGAUCCGUCCAGUCUGCCUAGCUCAUGGAGCCCAUCCGCGGAUUUCUUCGAGCUCGGGGGUAACUCGCUGCUGAUGGUCCGUGUGCAAGCUCUACUGUGUGAGGCCUUCGACCGCCGGAUUUCCCUACAUGAGCUAUUCCAGUCGAGCACCGUGCAAGGAAUGGCCGCUCGCUUUGCACCGGAGGAACUCGCCCAGUCCACCUCUCUGAUCGACUGGGAAUCGGAAACAGCACCAGGCGAACUGGAGCGACAGGCGGCGGACUCCGUCUCACCUGCUCGGCUCCAUCACAGCGACGGGAAGAUGGAGGUGUGUCUGACUGGAUCAACCGGGUUCUUAGGCUCCGCGCUUCUUCGACACUUGGUCGCCGAUCCUCGUGUGUCCCGCAUUCAUUGCGUCGCCGUUCGCUCCUCGGAUCCAACUCGCCCGCGGACCUUGGCCGUCACCUCCGACAAGAUCGUGGCCUAUGCGGGUGACCUGACGGCGCCUCGUCUGGGUCUCGACCCGGAGACGUGGGACGCCUUGGGGGCGCGGGUGGAUGCCGUCAUCCACAACGGGGCGGAUGUGUCGUUCCUGAAGUCCUACCACUCGCUGCGCAAGGCCAAUGUCCAGUCUACUCGCGAGCUGGCGUGCUUGGCCCUGCGUUACCGCAUCCCGCUGCACUUUGUCUCCACGGGGGGAGUGGCCCAGCUGGCUGAGGUCGAACCCCUCGCACCACAAUCGGUCACGCAAUUCCUGCCUCCGGUCGACGGCUCCAUGGGCUACGUUGCCUCGAAAUGGGCCAGUGAGGCCUAUCUGGAGUCGUGUGCGUCACAGUUCCAGCUGCCGUGUAUCAUCCACAGACCGUCCAACAUCGUAGGCGAGGGCGUUCCAUCGACCGAUCUGAUCCAUUCUAUCCUUGAAUUCUCAGUUCGAAUUCAGAGCGUCCCUACUUUGGACAACUGGUCUGGAUCAUUUGACUUUGUGCCCGUCGAGGAUGUCGCGCUCGGGGUGUGUGGGGAGGUGGUCCGCAGCGUCGAUGCCCUGGAGUCCAGUACGGCAGCUGGGCCACUGCUGCCGCGAUUUGUUCACCACUGUGGUGCGGAGAAGAUCCCUGUGGGCGACAUUGGCAUUUAUUUGGAGAGAAAGUAUGGAGUUGCGCUUCGUGCGUUGGACGUUGAUUCAUGGCUGGAUGCCGCCUGUGCGGCUGGGCUUUCGGCGGCCAUGGAGAGUCUGGUGACGGCAACAUUGAAGGAGAAGGACCAUCAUUUGCUGCCGUCCUUGUCUCAGUAG